AUGGGGAGGAGGUGGGUUGGAGGUGGAGAGGAGGUGGAGAUGGGGAGGAGGCGGGUUGGAGGUGGAGAGGAGGUGGAGAUGGGUUUGGUGUGUGGCUGCUGGGAGUUGAUGAAGCUGAUUGUCCCUGUGCUGCAGUGUCCCUGUGCUGCUGUCCCUGUGCUGCUGUCCGGGUGCUGCAAUGUCCCUGUGCUACAGUGUCCCUGUGCUGCAGUCCCUGUGCUGCAGUGUGCCUGUGCUGCAGUCCCUGUGCUGCUGUCCCUGUGCUGCAGUGUCCCUGUGCUGCUGUCCCUGUGCUGCAGUGUCCCUGUGCUGCUGUCCCUGUGCUGCAGUGUCCCUGUGCUGCAGUCCCUGUGCUGCAGUGUCCCUGUGCUGCUGUCCCUGUGCUGCUGUCCCUGUGCUGCAGUGUCCCUGUGCUGCUGUCCCUGUGCUGCAGUGUCCCUGUGCUGCUGUCCCUGUGCUGCAGUGUCCCUGUGCUGCAGUCCCUGUGCUGCAGUGUCCCUGUGCUGCUGUCCCUGUGCUGCUGUCCGGGUGCUGCAGUGUCCCUGUGCUGCAGUCCCUGUGCUGCAGUGUCCCUGUGCUGCAGUCCCUAUGCUACAGUGA